AAUCCGACCAACAGAACAAACACACGAACACACACACAUAUAUAUACACACACAUAUAUAUCUUUACAGAUAGCAUAUAACAUCACUCUCGCUCACAUCUCUCUCUCUCUCUCUCUCUCUCUCUCACACACACACACAAUACAUAUAUAUAUAUACACUCCCCUGCUUCUUACACUCUCACAACACAUAUACAUAUAUAUAUAGGCGUGUUUGCGUGUGACACCAACAGCUGUAUCUUUUCGCUUCUCUCUCUCUCGGGACAAAGAAGACGAACCUCGGAGACACCAUACGAGAUGUCGGAGAAACAGAACACAAGUAAAACAAAGAGACAGAGGCUACAAUACUCCGCCGAAGACGGCGACGAAAACUUCUCCUUCUUCUUCAGCAUCAACGAUCACGUCGACAUCCUCGUUGAGAUUCUCCGGCGACUCGACGGCCCAACUCUCUGCUCCGCCGCCUGCGUCUGCCGCCUCUGGUCCUCCGUCGUCUCCCGAGACGACUCCAUCUGGGAAGACCUCUGCCUCCGCCACGUGUCGCCUCCUCCUUCCCCCUCCCUCCGCUCCAUCGUCUCCUCCCUCGGCGGCUUUCGCCGCCUCUAUUUCCUCCUCACGCGCCUCCGUAACCCGUCCCCACGCGCCGCUGCUUCCCACCGACUCCAGCUCUCCCUCUCCCUAUUCUCCGUCGACUCCUACGAGCGUCUCUCCGUCGCCGGAGGUGGCGCGUGGCUCGGAGACGCGCCGUCGCCGUCCUCUCUCAUCUUCCUUCGCAAGCCCGUCAACGUCGUCUGAUAUGCUUCCUGUUUAUUUAUUUACCAUUUGCAUGGGCUCUUAUUCUGUUCUUUAAAUUACUUUCAUUUCAUUUUUUCACCCUAAAUAAAUUAUUAUUGACACUUAAGGAGAAUCUUUUAUUAUUGAAGAAA